AUGCCAGCUAUCCUAUCAGUAAUCGUCUGCUCAAUCCAAUGGUUUCUCAUUGGAUAUACCUUGACAUACGGUGAGGGAGGAGCGAUCUUCGGAGACUUCAAAUACGCAUUUCACAAGAAUGUCCUAGCAGAACCCGUUGGAACAAUUCCCGCAGUGUUGUUCAGCUUCUUCCAACUGGUCUUCCAAGCUACGGUGGCUGCUAUCGCUGUCGGCGGUGCAUGUGAGAGAGGGAGAAUACUUCCAUUGAUACCAUUUAUAUUUCUCUGGUCUACCUUCGUUUACAACCCCUUAGCUCACAUGGUAUGGGGUGGUGGUUUUCUCAUGGAUCUAGGCGUGGUGGAUUUUGCGGGCGGUACGCCAGUGCAUAUUAAUUCUGGAGCGACAGCGACGGCCUUGUCCGUAUAUCUUUCAUACCCGUUGUUCCGCUCACGCAAGUCGUCGACCCGAACGCCAUCCCAUUUGGUCGUCCACCGUCCCGUCAACUCGCUUUGCCAACUUCUCGCUCUGAUCAGUAUUUGGGGUUCGUGGCUGGCUUUUGAUGCUGGGACGACUCUGGCAUUCAACUUCAAGUCCGUAAUGGCCUUGUGUGUUACGAACCUCUGUGCUGCAAGUGGGGCGCUCACGUGGAUGGUUUACACCUACGUGGAAGUGGGACGCUGGAGUCUAGACUCAUGCUUUAUGGGUGCCAUCUCUGGACUCAUCAUGAUUACACCUUCUGCAGGUUUUAUCGACCUGCCAACAGCCUUCCUCUUUGGUAUACUUGGUGCGUUGUUUUGUCGUCAAGCGCUUCGUAUCAAGUUCAGUGACUUUGCUCGACGCUGGAGAUGGGUUGACCAUGGCGACACCUUCGCAACACACUGUCUUGGUGGCAUUCUAGCAACAAUUUCCACCGGCUGUUUUGCGCAAAAAGAAGUUGCUGGUUACGAUGGGUUCACCGAAAUCGUUGGCGGAGUGUUCUUCGAUGGCAAUGUACGGCAGCUUGGUAUUCAGGUUGUGGAAGCCCUCGUUGGAUUCUCGUGGUCGUUCAUUGGAAGCUACGUCAUUUAUGCGCUCAUUGACUGUGUACCAGGCUUCGAGGCUUUAGCUGAAGACAAGGACAUCAUUGCAGGCUUGGAUGCAAGUCAAAUGGACGAAGAGACGCUAUGGACCGAGACGCAGAAGUACUACCCCUACGUCGACCGCGAAGGCGAGCUGCAUCUCGACUGA